CAGUCAGUAAAUAUUUUUACGACUUUACAUAAAAUUGUCGUUAAAAAUGUGUAAAGCCAAAAUCUGCCUUUACGUACAAAGACGCCAGCUUCAGUUAUAGUUUGGCUCAAGAAUUUAUGUUACCGUUAAAUAUUGUGUUUGUGGUUCAUCUAUAAGGACCUAGAGAACAAUGCGAGUCACCUCCAAACUAUAGCUUGUACUACAUCCACAAGUCUCUGUCUUAGAAGUUUACUAACAAUCUCGUGCGAAUAGUGUGUCGUGGUUUGACGAUGCCGCUAUGAUGUGGUAAUAGCGAAUAGAGCAGCCGUUCGCGCCAUUGUAGCUACCGUGCCGGCGCGAAAUGCGGUGUGCCCGUGUUGCCGAUGACGGCGUCCAAGUAGUGUGCCUCAGUCCGCGACGCUGAGUGCCGCAACGCCGAUAUAGCUUCGCGCCCGCACCCAAAACAAACCAACGAUAAUUAAUUAUCUUCCGCGAUAAAACGUUACUAUCAGCCCGCGAUAAAUUCCUAGUGUGAUACUGAUAACAGAUAAAACACAGAGUGGUCGACGUCUGUAGUGCCUUAUUAUGUAAAGUCCUAAAGUUAGAUUCUGUGGAAUAAUGACGACGGCAACUACAACCCGCAAGAGCAUUUCGAUCCACGACUACCCGGAGCACCUGAAUCCGUUCCGCGAGGAUGACAACCACAGCAAAAUCAGGUUCUGGACGAUGGGCAGAAAACUCAAUCGAUCCAACAGCAUAAAUUUCACCGGCAUAAAGGAACUCAAGAAUUCAUGGGCCUUCCGGUCGUUUAUGAGGAAGGGUAAGAAGCAGGCACCUGCGCAGGAGUCGAAAACCCAAAUCAACGGAGAUAGCAGCCCCAUACUCUACCGACGAGCGCUACAAUACUCGUCAUCUUCAACGGCCGGCCCACGCAGUACAGUUGGAUCCCCGGAAGUAGCGAACCGAUACGUGUACGCUGGUUCAGUAACGCCAUUGCCACGCUCUCGUUUUCAAGAACGCCUGCGCAGCGCUAGUCAAAAUGAAGUCAACUCACUAUGUGAGACUCCGAGGAUGGCCCGCAGUGAAGCGUUAGGCUCUGAAGUAAGCGUAGAGAGCGCGAAGCCGUUCGGCGAGUACCCCGUUCCGCCCGUGCGAGCUUCAAGGCGGAAGAAAAAACGCGCCCCGCCACCACCUCCAGGAGCUUCUGAUGUUUCGGUCAUCAGCGAGACCUCUGAAACCUUGCAGAUUACAGAACAAAAUAAAAAAAAAGAUACCGAGUCUGAUUUAGACAUAGAAGGUGUAAACCUGGACGUAGAACUUAAGAUUGUCGAAGAUGAAGACCUUAACAAAAAAACUAUGGCGCCUGAUGCUAAUGGCAAUGUUACUACUCAAUUAGUCGAAGCAACGAUAGAGGCUAAACAAGAACCGAUAUCAAAGAAUAAAGCCCUUGAAAUUCAAGACGGACUACCAACAAAACCACCUAGAGCAGAAGAUACAAACAAAAAUUCUGGUUCCGACUUUGACAUUCUAAACUCUGUGAGUUUCCCCAAAGUUGAUAUUAUUAAAUAUAGACGAAACUCAAGCGUCAACGAGGACGACAUUCGAUUAAGACGAGGAAACUUAGAAGACUUCCAUACCCUUUCCAACAAAAGAUCUAAAAGUCUCACAAACACUACGGAUUCCCCAUACGUGACGUAUGAUAUUAAUUUAAAUGAGAAUAGUAUAACGGAUACAAACGCCAAUAAAGAGCCGCAGAAGGUUAUCUGUAAACUUUAUGAGAACACGUCACGGAAACAGAGCAUCGAUACUAUUUCAAGCACUGAAAAAGAGUUCAUGGAAAUCGACAAAGUGCGAAGGGAAAUUGAACAAGAAGUGAUAAAAUUAAACGCGGCUCUGGAGGAAGAUUUCUCUGGACCUCGAUUGUCGGUAUCGGAUAUUAAAAAGAAAUUCGAUAAGAACGAUGUUCCGACUUCGCCCAAUCCUAUACCAAAGCCUAAAAGGAGUAACUGCAGUGAUUGCAGUACACCUUCGCCUGUAAACGGUAAUAUUAGUUACCUAAAUUAACUUUUUGCAUUAUUCAACACGAAGUACAAUAUAAAAAUAUUCCCAUUAAAUAGGUACACAUUUAAAAUUUAUAUAAUUGCAUGUGUAGAAUAUGUCAUUGGAUCUCAAAAUUGUGUAUUUCGUGUAUUUACUGAAAAAUGUUGGAUAUAAAGGCUAAAAUACAAUAUAAUAAUGUGUUAAUCACUUGAAAUAGAAGACAAAUUAUUUCAAGACAAUCUGCAACGAUAUCUAUGUAUUAGCGUAAAUCUUAGUAAAUCUGUAAUAGGAACCUAGUUCAAGAAUAUUUCGUGCCUUAGAUCAAAAACAUUUUUAUAUUUUUAUUAAAAAUUUAAAAAAGUUAGAUAUACAAAAAUGCAUAAUUUAUGGUUUAUUUGCUUUAUUAGGUGUGUGAUAACAUUGUGUAGGCUUCAUAGUAGCUAACGUUUAAGCAUUGACUCGAAGAAGUUGAGGGUAAUUUAUAUUCACUGAGUUAACCUAUAGUGGUAAUUAAAUUUAGUGGUAUAAUUUAUUACUUAUUUGAGGCCACUUUCAGGGAUGUCUUAAUUUAAAUUUAACAUUACGAUUUAGUAUAGCGGUUCAUGGAUGACUAGAGAUGGGCAAAAUCGAAUGCUAUAUUUAUUUAAAUAUUUUCAUUGUUUUUCAAGACCACAGAAGAUUAGGAAAAUAUCAUCCAUGUCGGUGAUUAUUACCUAAUCAAAUAUAGCAUAUUAUACAGCAUAAUAAUCUUCACUCACAGAUACUGCUCGGCUCCGCCCUGAUUUGAAUCAAAACAUUCCAUCGACAUUAAGGCUCUGAUGUCGAUGAAACAUUAUCUUCUUGUUUUGUAGCUAUAGUACGUUUUUUUACAAACGGGUCUUCUUUUUUUAUUGCAGUAUAUUUUGUUUUAUUAAAGUCUUUCCAAUGUUUCAUUUAGAGUCGAGGCUGUACCAUGGUGUAAUAAUACAAGUAUGGUGAUUCCAUUCAUAUGCAGCAGCGCGGUUUAUAUGUGUGCACGCUAGUCGCGCGCCGUGUACCGACGCACACAUUCGCAUAAUAAUAGAAGACGCGACGACCAGCGUUAUGCACCGCGAGUUCAUCGCGAAAUCAUGCGAAUGUGUGCGUCUGUUACACGGCACGUUGCUACGUUUAUAUGAAGUUAUAUACUUGUCUUAUUAUACCAUGGCUACACAGAGAAGGGUGUCUGUCUACUCUCUUUCUGCGUCCGACAUACGUCCGAAACAAUUACUGUCAGAUAAUUAAUACUCGACCUGAUUUAAAAGACAAUGCCCAGUAUGAAGCUUCAUUCGCAUCAUGCGUCUUUAGAUUGUUUUGGACGGGUGUCGGACGGAAAAAGAUAGUACAGGGCCUGUAACGUAGCGGUGUAAGUGACUGGUUUAUUCGUCCUAGAAAUGACCUUAAGAUAGUAGUGACGCCAUCGAGUAUAUAACCAAAAAUAGAGACGAAAUGUCAUUUAAAUUGUAUGAAAACUAUUUUGCC